AUGAAAAGGGUCAAGAGGUCUAAGAAACGAGACGAAAGGAUUGUAAACGAUCCGUUUAAGAAGCUUCCUAAUGACCUGAACGUAGAGAUUCUCAUGAAAAUGCCGCCGAGAUCCAUAGCCAGGCUCCGUUUCGCUUCUAAACACUUGUCAUCCAUAAUCCUUGACAAAGAGUUCACCAAGUUGUACAUGACUAGAUCUUCGACUCAGCCGCGUCAUCUUAUCUCAGUACACCGUGGCGGCAGCAGCAUGCAGAUGCAGCGCUUUCACUCCUUGUCUCAAGACCAUCCGUCGUUUUCUAAUCAUGAAAAGGUUAGCUAUAAACUAGAUCCGAAUCUACCGUAUGAAUUUACUCCACCUGUUCGCGGCUUGAUCUGCGGUCGGAACGGUACCAAGAUGAUGGUCGGAAACCCUAGCACGGGCCAGUUCUUAACGUUACCUAGAGUCAAAACUACAAGAAGAGGUAUAAUAUCCUUUUUUGGGUAUGAUCCAGUGAAUGAUGUAUACAAAGUGUUGUGCAUGACGAUACUACAAGGUCGUCAAAGACGUGGAUCAAAAGUUGUGUCGGAGGAGCAUCAAGUAUACACUCUAGCCCAACGAAAAUGGAGAAUGAUUGAAUGUAAGCAUCCUCAUCUUCCUCAUCCUUGUGUUAUUACUAAAGGGAUAUGCAUAAAUGGGAUGUAUUAUUAUGCUUGGAUAAAAAAUGAAGCAUCCUUGAUAAGCUUCGAUCUGAUAUCUGAAGAGUUUAAUGCCAUUAAGUUACCUGAGGAUAUCCCAUGUGUAGUGAACUACACUGGAAAGGUAGCUAUAACGAGUUGGCCUACCCGUAACGGUGAAGUUCACUUAUGGAUUCUAGAAGAUGCCAAUAAACAAGAAUGGUCAAAAGUUUCAAUUGUUGUUCCUUCUUGGAUAGAUUUAAUAGACAUUCAUCAUGGAUACAGAUUCAGGGGUACACUUAGUACUGGCGAGCUUAUAUUUUCACCUUGGACCCUUCCCAUUAACCCGUUAUAUUUCAUCAGUUACAAUCUCAAGGAAAACAUCGCCAAGAAAGUUGUGGUUGAAGAACUUGAAGAACCCUAUGUUUCUCGCGAAGUCUAUUUUGAUCAUGUAGAGAGUCCUAUGUUCUGUCAAAUGUAA